AUGCAUCCUCACUCGCUGCCCGUUCUUGCACUCCUGGGCCCAGCCCUCUCCGCCCCGGUGCUGUCCACGCCUGCCCUGCCCGUCAGCAAUGCCCUCCAAAACAUCCUCGACAACACCGACAACUCCGAGCUCUACACGUACCCGACAGCGCUGACUCAAGGCAUCAUCCCCAAGCCCAUCCACUCCCACAACGACUACUGGCGUCCCAUCCCCUUCUACUCGGCGCUCGCCGUCGGCGCCGCCUCCAUCGAAGCCGACGUCUGGCUUUUCGACGACACCCUCCUCGUCGGCCACGAAGAAGCCGCCCUCACCCCCGUCCGCACCUUCGACUCGCUCUACAUCCAGCCCAUCCUCGACGUCCUCUCGCAAACCAACCCGGCCAACUCCCCCUACGUCGACGCCAGCGCCAAGCCCAACGGCGUCUUCGACACCGCCUCGGGCCAAACCCUCUUCCUCUUCGUCGACGUCAAGACCGACGGCCCCGAAACCUGGCCAUACGUCGUGCAGGCCCUCGCACCCCUGCGCUCCGCCGGCUACCUGACCACCUUCAACGGCACGGGCGUCACGCAAGGGCCCGUCACCGUCAUCGGCACCGGCAACACCCCGCAGGCCAACUUCACCACCGACGCCCCGCGCGACUACUUUCUCGACGCCAACCUCGCGCUGCUGAGCGACGAGCAGAGCAACAUCACCGCCGCCGUCUCGCCCGUCGCCAGCACCCAGUUCAGCAGGUAUGUGGGCGAGAUCAACGGCACGGAGUUCAAUGCCACGCAGUUGGGUAUUGUGCGCGAGCAGAUCGGCGUGGCGGCCGAGAGGGGCAUCCUCGCGCGCUACUGGGAUACGCCGGGCUGGCCUGUGGGCACGCGCAAUGCCGUGUGGCGGACCCUGAUUGAGGAAGGGGUUGGGCUGUUGAAUGCGGAUGAUCUGGCUGCCGCGGCCGGGUAUGUGGGAACUACAGAGCCUUUCCAGUAG